CCGAGUUGUUGUUGCCCUUGAAACUAUCUUGUUUCAAAGCAAUUACAUCACUUAUUGGUGACACCUACAUUAUCCCAAGCCCACACACACACACACUACUCAAUUUUAAUUUUAUUGUGGUUUAAUUUUUUUUUUUUUUUUUUUUUGGCUUUUUUGCUUUUUCCAUCUUUUUAUUCUAAUUAUAACAAAAUGAACGGUUUAGAAAACCAACUUUUUCAAUUAAAGUUCACCGCCAAGCAAUUAAACAAACAAUCCAAGCGAUGUCAAAAAGAUGAAACUUUGGAAAAGAACAAGUUAAAAAAGGCCAUUUCCGAUGGAAAUAUGGAGGGAGCUCGUAUUUAUGCUUCCAACGCCAUUCGAAAGAAGAAUGAAGCCUUAAAUCUCUUAAAGUUGUCUUCUCGUAUUGACGCUGUUGCCAGUCGCGUCCAAACCGCUAUUACCAUGCGCAAAGUGUCGAAUUCUAUGGCCAUGGUGGUGCGUGGCAUGGGUAGAGCCAUGGACACCAUGAACCUGGAGCAGAUUUCGAUGGUGAUGGACAAGUUUGAGACGCAGUUUGAAGACCUUGAUGUACAAACGGGAUAUAUGGAGGGAGCCAUGGCAGGCACCACCACGUUAAACACACCUCAAGAUGAAGUCGACUCACUGAUGCAUCAGGUGGCUGAUGAGCACGGUUUAGAAUUAAAUGAUACAUUAAAUGAAUUAGAACCAAGCAAAGUAUUAAAUGAGCCCUCAAAGGCAAAAGAGAAGGAUGAAGAUAGAUUGUUGACUGAGCGAUUGAAGGCCUUGCGACAAUAAACUUCUUUUAUAUAUAUAUCGAUCGAUAGCUAUCUAAAUAUACAUAUACAUAUAUAAAAAAAGGGAGUUUUUUUUUUUUUUUUUUUUUUUUUUUUUAC